AUGCUGCGGAUUCACCCAGAGGCCCAGAGGAUUCUGGGUAAUUCCUGCAUACCUGUAGUGAGCCUGGAGCGUCUGAACUUCCAGUCUGUGUCUUUAUCAUCACUGCAGCCUGUGGUGUCUUUGCAACGUCUGCCUUGCCAAAAACAAGCUGAGCUCUGUGACAAUGUGUCAUUAAAUAUUUCUGAACAGAAUGGAUUCAGUCAAACUGAGGAAGAUAUACUGGAGCUAACUGAAGGAUCAUUCCAGCCUAAACCAGUAGAGCCAUGUGAUCUCAGUCCAACAUCCUGGACUGAACCAUAUUGUCCUGACAGCUCCCUUUCUGGAGAGCCAGAGCAGGACUCAGGCUUUGACUGUGACUCUAAUCCAGAUCAGCCUUACAUCCUGUUUGAUUGUGGAUCUGAUGAUGGGAAAGCUGAAUCUGAAGCAUUUUAUCUGGAUCCAGAUCCAGAGCAGACUCUGGUUAUUGAACUGGAUCCAGGAGAAGAAGAAGCAGAUCAGGACCAAUGCCUGCCCCCGGAGGAUGAAGUUGAAAGUACAUGUGUGGUUGAUAUAAUCCAAGUGGACGAUGGUGAAGAUCAAAGAAGUGAAAUUAGAUGCUUGGGAGAACAGGCCGACUCAUCCACCCAGCAGCCUGGAGCUGAGGCUGGGACUGAGGAGAGUGAAGAUUUCUGCGCUGUUUGUCUGAACGGAGGAGAGCUGCUCUGCUGUGACCGCUGCCCCAAAGUUUAUCACAUAGGCUGUCAUAUACCUCCUCUCAGCAGCUUCCCGCUAGGUGACUGGGUGUGUACUCUGUGUAGAAGUGAGCAGGAGCCCGUGGAGGCCUACGACUGUGAGAUCAUGGACUCCUGCGAGGGAGUCAAGGCACCUUAUACACUAUCCAACCUGGACCAGAGGAGAUGUGAGAAGUUGACUCUGCUGUUAUACUGUCAAAUCCUCAGCGCUCCUUUCCAUGAACCUGUCAGCCCUCUGGCUCGAAACUACUACCAGAUCAUCAAAAGGCCCAUCGACCUGUCAGUGAUCCGCAGGAAACUGGACAAGAGCAACACUCUCCACUACUUCACUGCUGAGCAGUUUGUUGAUGACGUCUUGUUGAUGUUCAAGAACUGCGCUACUUUCAAUUACCCAGACUCAGAGGUGGCUCAGGCUGGUCGAAACCUGGAGAUGUUUUUCUUGAGCAAACUGAAGGAGAUUAUUCCAGACCGGACAUUCCCAUCAGCCAACCAGGGCACAACAGACAGAGCUCGCCUUCAGUGGCUCCACAGGAAGAACAAGGAAAACUCCAGAAAGAAGAGAAAUGUUUUUAGCGGGAAAAAAUAUUGCCUAUAACUUGCAAUUUAUUAAUUUCCUUACACCUCUCAAACAUGUUGAAAUUUAAGUCUUUAAAAACUGUGACAAUAACAUUAAUAACUUGUGUUUUUUAUAUUAAAAAUACAUGUCGUGGAACUGAAAACUUGUCACAUUUUUCAGGGAU